UGCAAUGGUUGCAGCUUAAUUUUUAUUAGUAUUAAUUUUUUAAGUGCAAACAUGUUAAAAAAAUUGGUCCUGUUGACUAUUGCGUUGUCAAUUAUACAAACAGCUUUCUCAGAGUCCGAUCUCCAAAAUAAAAAUUCUUAUGAAAUAAAUCCUUUACAUGACAAUCAAAAUGAUUUAAGAGAAAAGGAUCAAGAUAAAAGAACAAUAUUUUCUCCGAGCUACUCAAACUUUGGAUUGGCUAAACACAUAGGAGUAAGCUCCGGCGGUAGAAAAGUGGUACUUGGAUACAGUCCUGUGGAUUUAAAAUUCGUUCCUGUAGUGAAACCUCUACGACAAAGUUAUCAUUAUCCACGACCUAAAUUCCAAUUAAGGCCUUCUUUGUUUCUAAAACCCAAUUUGAAGAUCCAUGGUAGUGGGUGGAAAUCUGUUCCAACAAUACACAAACCGGUAUUACCUGUAAAUGUUCCUCCACCACCUGUGCAUCAUCACCACAUUGUCAAACCUGCGUUGCUAAGACCAGAAGAAGUUAGACCUGUUCAAGUACCCGUGCAUGUGCACCAACCUUUACCAAUUAAACCAGCAGAGCCAUUCCAUCCUGUAGCUGUAUCACCCACACCUAUAGUCCCUGUGGUGCCCAUACCUCCUGCUUCAGUAGCUCACAUCCCUCACGUUGAUCACUUCCAUAACCACAUAGAUCACGUGCAUUACUCACCAAGUGGUAUCGCUACAGCAAUUCCACAUCCUCCGGUACUACCAGCCUAUCCUGCUGUGGCACCUCAGCCAUUGUUACCAGCUUUCAGACCAUCGCCCUUGUUUGAAGUUGGCAGACCUGAUUUAGGAGUACUGCCUCUUGGUGCUACCUUUCAAUCAGCGGUUUUACCUGAUGUUCCUCACGCACAUGUUAAACCUACCUUCAUACACCAGCACUUACAACCUUUUGUACAUCAACAUGUUGCACAAGUAGUACCCCAGCAUGUUACACCAAUAGUACAUCAACAAUUAGUACAUCAACACGUUACACCAAUAGUGCCCCAACAAAUAGUACCUCAUCCGGUUCAAGUGCACCAUCAUGGUACUCCAGUAGUGCAACAAGUAUUGCCAAGACCAGUAACUCCAGUACCUGUUGGUACCUCCAUUGAGUUCCAUGGAACAUAUCACCCUCAUGCGAUCAAUGGACAAGUACCAAGGGAUAUCCUCCCAACAGUACCAAACCCUGUUCAGCAGUUCUUUGUGCCUCCAGUAAACGCUGCACAUCCAGUUUUACCUACAACGUACCACAACUUCCAUUCCCAUAACAUACCGCAACAACCCCAAGAUUUAUCACAAGUUUUCCAUCCGCAGUUGCCAACGCAACCCCAAAUGCAAAACUUUUUCCCUCAGUCACAGCAACCUGAAACCCCACAGCCUGUACAACCUCUGGAAAAUACCAACAGUCACCAAGGGUACAUAUAUAACCAACCUCAACAGCAAUACACCCAACAACAGUACGAUCAGGAUUAUGAAAAUCAGAACGUUAUUCAGCCUGGACAAACUGAUUUGCAAUUGCCUUUACAUUUACCUCAGCACGAUCUUUUUAAUAGGCAACAACAAGAAUACCUGUUGAAUAGGCAGCAGGAACAGUAUCAGCAAUAUCAGGAUCAAAUCAGCCAGCAGACAGAGAAUGUAUUUAGGCCUUCGCCAUCAUUAGAAGCACCGUAUAUCAAUAGAAGAACAGCGGAAGACAGAUCCUCUGAGAUGGACGAGGAUUAUAGCGAUGAAGAAGUAGAUGACAAAGAGGAUUCUAAGAAGAAAUAAGAUUUAAAAAACGUAGUAAUUUAUAAGUAGUAUUUAUAUUUAAGUUUUUAGGUAUAAAAAGAUAUAUACUUUGGAAUCCUGCAAGAUAUUUC